GUUGCUCUCGCGAGAGCGCGGCGGCGCGCGGCCAACGGCGGCCGCUCCCCAUAAAAAAGGAGGGACGCCGCCCGGCUUCCAUACUGUGCGGCGGCGCGCGAGCUCUGAGGCUGCGGCUGUGACGGCGCGUUUCUCCCGUGGGCUCUGUAAGAUUCAAGACCUGAAAAAAUGGCAUUAGCAGCAAUUGAUCCACAACAGAACAUUGUGUCGAGGGUAGCAAACCUUCCUUUGGUGAGCUCCACCUAUGAUAUGGUGUCUACAGCCUACAUCACCACAAAGGAUAACCAUCCCUAUUUGAAGUCAGUAUGUGAGAUAGCAGAGAAAGGAGUGAAGACAAUUACUUCAGUAGCCAUGACUAGUGCUAUGCCUAUCAUCCAGAAACUGGAACCACAAAUUGUGGUUGCCAACAACUAUGCAUGUAUAGGUCUUGAUAAAAUUGAAGAGAGACUUCCUAUACUGAAUCAACCCACUGAUAAGGUUGUUGCCAAUGCUAAGGAUGUAGUUGUUGGAGCCAGAGAAGCUGUAACAACCACUAUGACUGGUGCCAAGGAAACUGUUACUCACAAAAUCACUGGAGUUGUGGGCAAGACUAAAGAAGCAGUGCAAGACAGUGUAGAAAUGACUAAGUCUGUUGUCAAUGGUGGCAUCAACACUGUCUUGGGAAGUCGUGUGGUGCAGAUGAUGAGCAGUGGAAUGGACAGUGCUCUCACUAAAUCAGAGACCCUUGUAGACCAGUAUCUCCCACUAACAGAAGCAGAACUAGAAAGAGAAGCUGCGAAAGUUGAAGGUUUUGAAGUUGGAGUCCAAAAGCCAAGUUAUUAUGUUCGACUAGGAUCUCUGUCUUCAAAGUUCCGUGCACGUGCCUACCAACAAGCCUUAAACAAAGUGAGAGAUGCUAAACAGAAAAGCCAGGAGACAAUUUCUCAGCUGCACAACACUGUUAGUCUGAUCGAGUAUGCCAGAAAGAACAUGAAUAGUGCCAAUCAGAAACUUCUUGGUGCUCAGGAAAAGCUUUAUCAAUCCUGGGUAGAAUGGAAGAAAAAUACAGGUCAAAAUGAUGGUGAUGAAUCGCAUAGUGCUGAGCACAUUGAAUCAAGAACUCUAGCUAUUGCGCAGAGUCUCACUCAGCAGCUUCAGACCACCUGCCUCACACUGGUUACAAGCAUACAGGGGCUGCCACAGAGUGUGCAGGAUCAGGUUUACAGUGUUCGCUCAAUGGCUGGUGAUGUCUACGAAAUCUUCCGAUCAGCAUCCUCCUUCCAGGAACUAUCAGACAGCUUUCUUACUACUAGCAAAGGACAGCUGAAGAAAAUGAAGGAGUCUCUGGAUGAUAUGAUGGAUUAUCUUGUUAACAACACACCGCUCAACUGGCUGGUAGGUCCCUUUUACCCACAACUGCCUGGCCCUCAGCAUGCUGAGAAGGAAGGUGAAGGGGAGAAAAAUUCCAGCCAGAAAGACAAACAGCUUGAACAUAAUGUUGAGUAAAUUGCACAGCAUAUAUGUACCCUGCAGACUGGCCAAACAAGUGAUGUUUAACAACUGUAGCUGUCAAAAAGCCUUGGAGAAAAAACUUGGAGUGGUGAGAAGAGACUCUCCCACAAAUGAGUUGUAAAGCUAUUCUAAAACAGACAUGUGAUUAAGUGCCUAAGAAUUGGCAGCUUACAGUUGUCAGAAUGCCUUGUUUGUCUGUAAAGUCAAGAAACCUCACCUUGCUUAUUAAUGGUACUAAUUGUUCUAUUCUAAAUUAGAUAAAUUGCAAUUAAAAGCACUUCAUUUGUUGUUUAAUUUCUUAUCAGAAUAAUCUCAGAAUGGCUUGGGUUAGAAAAGUCUUCAAGGAUCAUCAGGUUGCAAGCCCCUUGCUGCAGGAAGGGUUGCCAACUGCUAGGUCAAGCACUAGGCGAGGUUGCCCAGGUCCUAUCCAGCCUGGCCUUGAAUGCCUCCAGGGAUGGGCCAUCAGCAACCUCUGGACAACCUGUUCCAGGGUCUCACCCACCUUCUAAGCAGAAAAACUUCCCCUGACAUCUAAUCUAAAUCUUCCUUCCUUUAGUUUGAAACCAUUCCCCCUUAUCCUAUUGCUAUCUGACAAUGUUUUUUUUUUUUAUAAAAAAAAAGAGUUAAAAUAUCUCUUCUGUUUAUAAUCCCCCUUUAAGUAUUGGUAGGCCAUAACAAAGUCUCCCCACAGCCGCAAGCCCAGCUCCUUCAGCCUCUCUCCAUAUUAGAGGUGCUCCAACCUUCUGAUCAUCCUUGUGGCUCUCCCCAGACCCUCUCCAAAAGCUCAGUAUUUUCUCUGUGCUGGUGGCCCCAGACCUGGAUGCAGUACUCCAGAUGGGGCCUCAUAAGGGUGGAGUAGAGAGGGAUGCUCACCUCCCUCACCCAGCUGGCCACCUCUCUUCUGAUGUAGCCCAGGGUACUGUUGGCCUUCAAGUGCUUGCUGUUGGCUCACGUUAAAUUUUCUCAUCUACCAGGGCUACUCUCAAGAAGCUUUCCCACACUGUAUAUGUAUCUGGGAAUGCUUUGUUAUACUUCACUGGGGCCUGCCUUUCAAUUUUAUCAAGGUCCCUUUGGAUGUCAUCCCUUCGUACUACCAUAUCAACUGCACCACACAGCUUGGUGCCAUCAGCAAACUUGCUGAGGGUGCACUUGAUCCAAUCAUCUAUGUCAUUGAUAAAGACUUUAAUAGGUACUUGUACCAAGACAUACCCUUGGGGUAUGCCGCUCAUUGCUGGCCUCCAGCUGGACACAGAGCCAUUGGCCAUAAUUCUCUAGCUGUCGCCUUCCAGCCACGUCCCUAUCUAGAAAAUAGUCCAUCUUUCAAAUUCAUAUCUCUCCAAUUUAGAGAUAAGGAUAUGAUGGGAAACCAUGUCAAAGGCCUUGCAGAAGCCCAGUAUAUAAUAGCCUUAUGUGCUAUGAAAUGCAUUUAAGCUAAGUGUACUUAAAUUCUGUAUUUGCUGCAGAUUAUGCAUUUGAUUAUUAUUUUGUAUCUGGCUGUCUUAAAUGAACUGCUACCUAAUUCAUGAAAAUAAGUGCAGAAAUCCAUAGCAGAAAGUGGGGUUUCUGACUGAGUCAGCUGGAGUUACUUAAAUGCUGUGCCAGUGCUCUUACUAACAGUACAAUUGUAUUACAAAGCAACUUGACUAAAUCAUUAUCAAAGUGUAUUUUUCUUAACACAGUAUAAAGACAAGAUUCAUGCUGUUUGUACCCAGCUGCCUGCUGUUGUAUGCUUUUUUUGUAGCCAACUUUUUGUAAUUCAUUUUGUACCUUAGUAAUAAAUGCUUCAGCAGCCAAA